AUGAGUUUGCAAUUGCAUCUUAUAUUCGUAGCGGCUGCGGUGGCUGCCUUAGCCACCGUAGCGCAUUCGAGCUCCUACAGCAUGGGGCAGGGGCUGGUGGCGAAUUCGAUGGAACACCUAGACCAAGAAAUGAUGAUGGAUGAUCCUAUUAGGCGCCACUUAGGUUCGGCCGGAUACAUCAGCUAUGGCGCCCUUGCACGUAACAAGGUCCCCUGCGAUAAGAGAGGGCAAUCCUACUACAAUUGCAAACAGCACGAGGCCGCCAACCCCUACAACCGCGGUUGCACUAGGGUUACUAGCUGCGCUAGAAGUACCGUUUGA